AUGCCUUCUUCUUCUCUUUCUCAUCACCCUCCUUCUCCUCCUCAUCCUUCUCCUUCUUCUCCUCUACCACGCCUUCUUCUUCUCCUUCUUCUUCUUCUUCCUCUUCUUCUUCUUCCUUCUCCUUCUUCUUCCUCUUCUUCUUCUUCCUUCUCUUCCUCAUCCUCCUUCUUUUUCUUCUCUACCAUCUCCUCCUCCUUCUUCUUCUUCUUCUUCUCCUUCUUCUUCUUCCUCUUCUUCUUCUUCUUCUCCUUCUUCUUCUUCCUCUUCUUCUUCUUCUUCCUUCUCCUCCUCAUCCUCCUUCUUAUUCUUCCUUCACCUCCUCAUCCUCCUUCUUUUUCUUCUCUACCAUCUCCUCCUUCUUCUUCUUCUUCUUCUCUACCACCACCACCACCACCACCACCUUCUUCUUCUUCUUCUUCUCUACCAACUCCUCCUCCGUCUUUUCCUCCGUCUCCUCCUCAUCUUCUUCCUCCUUCUCCUCCUUCUUUUCCUCCACUAUCAUCAUCUUUUUCUUCUAAAUGCCGUGUCACUUCAAAACGUGUGCGAUCACUGCUCUCCACAACCUCCUAUUCAGUGGCCCGAAGCUAA